AUGUCAGUGUCCAGCAGUAACUUGUUUCCUGGAGAAUCAGAAGCACGACCUGCGAGGACCAUCCGCCUGCGUGACAUCUACAAUCCUCAGCCUCCACCUCAAAAGAAACCGGUGCCAAUAAGACCCCCGAGUCCUCGUCCCCAUCCUCAUCCACAGCCAUCAGUUUCAGCAGAGGGUGUCUCCCACCGGAGUUUCUCCUGCGAUCCUGAGCUGAGUACCAUUAUGAGAAAAAGAGCUCGUUCUCUCCCUUCCUCAGAAGAGACGAUGACUCGCAGGUGCUCGCAAGUCCGGUUCAUUGAUUGUUUGGGCCUUGAGUUGGAACAUGUCAAGUUUUUCAGGGUCGGGGAAGACCCCAAAGUUCCGGAUCAUGUUAUAAACAGGUUACUUGCCAGCUCUGAGCUUGCAUUCGGGAAGCAUUUAGAGCUCUCGCUGCCCUUUUUUCAGCCAUUUUUUCCUGAGGACAUCAGCAGUGAACCUGAUUUCCUGGAGCGUCUGUGUCAUCGGCGUGUUUGCCUCGAGCAAGUCCACUGCUCUGAACUGGGCAUCACUGGAACAGCGCAAGUUCUUAACCUGGCAUUUGAGAAACAAGUCAGUGUCCGGUACUCAUUCACAGACUGGAAAAGCAGCGCUGAGUGUAAAGCAUGCUGGGUUUCUACAGUGCACAGAGAUCACGUGCAAUCAGACGUGUUUCGCUUCCGCUUACCUGUGCCACCGUUCAUCCUGAAACCCGGAGCCAGUCUGGAGUUUGCCAUCUGUUACCGUGUCCUUGGGACCGAACACUGGGACAACAAUGAUGGACGUAACUACAAACUUGCCUGCCAGACUUAUAAGCUGAUCGUCCCUAAGGAGUGUGAAGACAGCAUGGUGCACUUCACCUAAAGUCAUUCUCAGACUGCAUAGUUUUACAUCGUUAGAUAUUGAAUAGAUAUUCAACCUCAUUGUUUCAGCCCAUUUCUGUUUACUGUGUGCUGCUGUUCUAACGGAGUGAUUGCCAUUUCCACUUUUUUUAAUAACUGCAGCUGUUGUGUACAUGCAUUGGUUAUCAUUUCCUCUCUGUGACUUCACUCAGGAAGAAUUCGAGUUAGCUCAGCUUGCAAGCACGCUUCAGGAAUUUAAUCACCAGUUUCUCAAUGGUGUGUUGAUGUUGACCCAGCUUCAGGACCUAGAGGACUGCUAUGAAAAAUCAAAUGUACUUCUGAGUAGCCAAAGGUUUUUUUUAUGUACUGCAGGAAGUUUUUUAAAUUAAAAUAUAG